AUGCAAUCAAUCGAUCCCCGAGGCAGACAAGGAGCUUCUGGAACGUCAGCAAGAGCUCAAGCAACAGAGAUUCAAGCACCCCGAAUCUCUGCACAAUUUACGGACCCCUUUUCGAGACCCGCGGAACCUCCCUCAAUGCUACCGAACGACCCAGGCACUCGGAAUACCUUCGAAGCCUUAGACGAAGAUACGUCGGACCUCGGUUUUGACCUCGAUUCACUACCGUAUCCAAGGCUAGAGAAUCAUACAAGAGCAAGGUUAAUUAUCGAGGACUUCCUGGACAUAAAGAGUGAGGGUUUGAGAGACCACGAGCUUUGGUCUUUAUUCCGAUACGCGUUUACUAGAUGGACCGCGGACGAGUUUUCGUUGGCCGCUAAACAAGCUCACGGCCACCGAGGAAGCAAGUUUACCUUGCUUAUUAGGCUAAGGGAUCACUUAAUGUCUAAGGGAGUUUGGUGCCUCCCAAGGCAAAAAGGCUACGCCAAUGGACUAGCCUUAAUCCGAGAGCAAUCAAUCGAGGGAUUUGAUUCUAGGUGGAACGAUGUUACUAUUGCACGCCUUAAUCGACAAACUGAGGAAGUCGCUAAAAUCCAAGGGAAGCAGGUCGAGAGGUUUCCUAAUCAGUCAGGCCUUAUUCGUCUCACCAAAGUCAUCGACGAACCUCUACCCUCAACUCCAAAUUCGCCUCGCCAAUCACUCCGAGAAGAGGAAAACGAGGAACUUCAAAGGCAAAUACUACGGAACGAGGAACUCCAGCGCCGAAAUAACGCUAUUGCUCGUGACCUCAAUGAUCUACGCAAUUUGACGAUUACGAGGGACGCGCAACAGCGUAAAGAGAGAAUCGAGGAGGCUACAAGGCACAAGGAGGAGCUCAAGGCAGCAAGGCCAUCGUCAUUAAAGCGAAGUUCUCGCGAUUCACUUCCUUCUCCCGUUCCUUUACUACUCCAGCCUCAAGAAGCUCAAACCUACCGAGGGCAUACUCCUAAGGAAGAGAUUCGGAGAGAGGAGGACCAGGGCAAUGGAUACCGCCAAGGCCGAGCCCAAGGAUACGAGCAGAAAAGAGAGCAAACUCCUGCUAGCGACCUUAGCGAUCCAGAUAGCUCGGACGGUGAUCCAGAAGGAAGGAAUAGAGGGGGAAGCGAGUGGAAUGGGCACGGAAGAAGAGGAGGAGGACACGGUGGCCCGACAAAGGGACAAGGAAAUGAGCCGCCAAGGGACCCUGGACGAGACCUUGGACGAGGAUACGGACCCCCUGACGGACCCGGGCCAAACCGACCCUCUACCAGCACCCCUUUUUCGACCCGAGUGCUGGCCAGGCACAGCACACCUACGUACGGCACCCCAGGCGACCUUGACGACGAUUUUCCUGAGCUCGGAACGGCGGACCCAUACCCGAGGGCGAAAGAAUUGGCCUUGUUCGCAAGGAGCUUCCCUAAGGAAUUGAACCGAUACGGGUUAACCUCCGACGAUUAUUUGGCGGCGUUCCUUAUUAUGCUUACGGGGGAAGCUAUUACUUUUUACUAUAAUCACGUCAUCAAGGCCAGGCUUCCGACUUUCAAGGCAAACGCUAUUGCGCAAAUUUCGCUAGAAUUGGUCAAAAAAGAGAAUCCAGGGACCUCGCUUAACGAGUGCUUUGAGAAGCUCGCUAAGGAGCUCAAGGGCAUUCAAGGCUCACUACGACCAGGUCUGAGAGACGAUAGGAGUCUUGCCGACAAGCUGUAUUCAGCUUGUAAAAACGUGCCAGAGACGACGAUUGCACGGAUGAACCCUGCAAUCACUUCUACCGCCGCAGUUGCUGACAUUCGCCGAGCAAUUGCUUUUGCAACUGAGAUCACUCAACCUCUUUUUAAGAGUGAGAGCUUUCGACCCGCCAAAGCAAGCAGAGCUUACGCGAGCUCUAGCGAGCCAUUUGCUCAGCACUCCUCUCAGCACUCCUCUCAGCACUCCUCUCAGCACUCUCCUCAGCACUCCUCUCAGCACACCUCAAGCAAGGCUGAUUCCGACGACCUUGAGGACGAGUACGAGUGUUUUAUUCAAGGCUGCCAAUACGGAGGAGAGCACUCUCUCUUAAAACUAGAAGAACAACAAGCAACAAUUGAGUAUUUUACCACCGAGUGUUUUGCAAUUGCAAGUACUUUGACGACGUCACGAAUUUUACGAAUAUUACGAGAGAUCGCUACCGGCGAUCCAACAACUUCAAAAGCUGACUCCGAUUUAAACGAAGAAUACGAAUGCUUUAUUCAAGACCGCCAAUACUUCGGAGGUAAGAAAGCUGCCAAAGCUACUAAAACAAAAGAGAAGUCCGUCAAAUACGGCAUCGGCUCUGCUACUUCUAUUAAAGCAAUUACUUUAGAAACACUCUUGAGUCAACACGCUGCUACUUAUUACAGCACCGAAAGCGAAACCGUAUAUUGCUACCUUACGGAAGAGCAAUUAAAGACUAUUCACAAGCGUUUUAGCCACCUUUUAACAAGUCGAUUUGCUGCUAUUCUUAAAAAAGCCGAGCACGAAUUCAAACGGGAUUUGCUUUACAACAUUUAA